AUGUCGUUCGGCGGCCAGACGCCCACCAUCGUUGUGCUGAGGGAGGGCACCGAUCAGUCACAGGGUCGCGGUCAGAUAAUAUCCAACAUCAACGCCUGUCUUGCCGUGCAGUCGACCAUCAAGAGCACCCUCGGACCCUACGGCGGCGACCUGCUGCUCGUCGAUGAGAAUGGCAGGCAGACGAUCACCAACGACGGUGCUACCGUCAUGAAGCUGCUCGACAUUGUCCACCCCGCCGCCCGCAUCCUGGUCGACAUUGCGCGCUCUCAGGACGCCGAGGUGGGCGACGGCACCACCUCCGUCGUCGUCCUGGCCGGUGAGAUACUCAAGGAGAUCAAGGACUUCGUCGACCAGGGAGUGAGCAGCCAGACCAUCAUCAAGGGCUUGCGCCGCGCCUCCCAGAUGGCCGUCAACAAGAUCAAGGAGAUCGCCGUCAACACCACCGAGGGCAACCAGCGCGAUACCCUGCUGAAGCUGGCCGCUACCGCCAUGAGCAGCAAGCUCAUCCACCGGAACGCCGAUUUCUUCACCAAGAUGGUCGUCGACGCCGUGCUCACCCUUGACCAGGACGACCUCAACGAGAAGCUCAUCGGCAUGAAGAAGAUUACUGGUGGUGCGCUGCAGGACUCUCUCUUCGUCAACGGUGUUGCCUUCAAGAAGACCUUCUCCUACGCCGGUUUCGAGCAGCAGCCCAAGUCCUUCAAGAACCCCAAGAUUGUCUGCCUGAACGUCGAGCUGGAGCUGAAGGCCGAGAAGGACAAUGCUGAGGUCCGGGUAGAGGAGGUUUCGGAAUACCAGGCUAUCGUCGACGCUGAAUGGCAGAUCAUCUUCAACAAGAUGGAGGCCCUUUACAAGACCGGUGCCAAGGUUGUGCUGAGCAAGCUGCCCAUUGGUGACCUGGCAACACAAUACUUUGCCGACCGCGACAUCUUCUGUGCUGGCCGUGUCGCCUCGGACGACAUGGAGCGCGUGUGCAAGGCUACCGGUGCGUCGAUCCAGUCGACGUGUUCUGACAUCCGGGAGGAGCACCUCGGUACUUGCGAGACCUUUGAGGAGAAGCAGAUUGGCAACGAGCGCUUCAACUUCUUUGAGGGCUGCCCUGGCGCGAAGACUUGCACGCUGGUGCUCCGUGGUGGUGCAGAGCAGUUCAUUGCUGAGGUCGAGCGCUCGCUGCACGAUGCCAUUAUGAUUGUCAAGCGCGCGAUCAAGCACCAGAGCAUUGUUGCUGGUGGUGGUGCCUGCGAGAUGGAGGUCUCGGCAUACCUGCACGCCUUUGCGGACAAGAACGUGCCGCACAAGCAGCAGGGCAUCAUCAAGGCCUUUGCCAAGGCCCUUGAGGUCAUCCCGCGCCAGCUGUGCGAUAACGCUGGUUUCGACGCUACCGACAUCCUUAACCGCCUGCGUGUCGAGCACCGCAAGGCCAACAUCUGGGCUGGUGUCGACUUCGUCAACGAAGGCAUCGCCGACAACAUGGAGCGCUUCGUCUGGGAGCCCGCUCUGGUCAAGGUCAACGCCAUCCAGGCCGCAAUUGAAGCCGCUUGCCUUAUCCUUAGCGUCGACGAGACCAUCAAGAACCAAGAAUCCCAACAGCCCCAGGCCCCCGCGCGGGGUCUGCCGCCGGGUGCCGCCCAGAGGGCGCUCCGUGGCCGUGGCAGGGGCAUGCCAAGGCGGUAA